AUGUUUGUUGUUGUUAUCUCGGAGAAUUAUGCUCGUUCUUCAUGGUGCCUUGAUGAGCUUGUAGAGAUCCUUAGCUCCAAGAGAAAAAGGAAUCAGGUUGUUCCUGUGUUUUACUAUGUUAAUCCAUCCGAUCUACGACACCACAAGGGGAGUUUUGGUGUAGCUCUUGAAAAGCAUAAGAAGCGUCACUCGGCUAAUAGGAUUGAGAAAUGGAAAUUGGCGCUUGCUGAAAUCGCGGAUCUAUCAGGAUACCAUUUGGAAGACGCUGAAGAUUUUGUGUUUUCUAUUAAAAUGAAUGGGAGUGAAGCGGAUAUCGUUCGAAAUAUUGUUGAGAAUGUUUUGCCACAAGCAUCGCGAAAGGUACUACACCUCGAUACUUGUCUAUUUGGGAUAGAUCUUGCCGUUGAAGAGAUCUAUCAACAACUAAGCAUGGAGUCAAAUGAUGUUCGUGCCCUUGGAAUAUGUGGGCUGGGUGGAGUUGGGAAAACUACAGCAGCCAAGGCUUUCUAUAACAAAUACUCCCACAAAUUUGAUGUAAGUUGUUUUCUGGAAAAUGUAAAACAAAAUUCACAAGGCGGUAGUCCUCUAUUUCAUUUACUUCAGCAGCUCUUGACAGAGCUUCUCAGAGCCAAGGAUUCUAAGGUCCGUGACGUUGAAAGUGCACUAAGAAAAUUGAGGGAAAUUCUUAGUUCUAAGAAAGCCCUCGUUGUUCUCGAUGAUUUGGAUCAGUCAAGCUAUUCUGAAUUUCUAGUAAGGAUUUGCAAGCUGUUCUCAGAUGGCAGCAGAAUGAUAAUUACAGCAAGAGAUUUAAACUUGCCAAAUCAACUGAAAGUAGAACUGUCAAAAGUAAAUACAUAUAUGGUGAGGCAUCUGAAUGAAAUCAAUUCACUGGAGCUCUUUAGCUAUCAUGCCUUUAAAAAAUCAAAGCCUCCAGGAAAAUACUUAGCUUUGUCUGAAAGUUUUGUUACUUAUGCGGGAGGCCUUCCAUUAGCUCUAAAGAUGCUGGGUUCAUCUUUAUGCGGUAGGACAAAUAUGUCAUUCUGGAAAGCUAAAUUUCAAAAACUUGAAAAAAUGCCAAUGAAUGAUAUCCAAAAAAUCCUACAAAUGAGUUAUGAUGAAUUAGAAGAUGACACGGAGAAGGCUAUUUUCCUUGAUAUUGUAUUCUUCUUCGUGGGAAAGAACAUAGAUGAGGCUGUUGAUGUAUUCAAAUCCUGUGAUUUGUUUCCGGAGGCUGGGAUACCAAUUCUAAUCGAAAGGUGUCUACUAACCAUUGAUCGGAAUAAUAGAUUUCAGAUGCAUAAUCUCAUACAGGACAUGGGAAGGAACAUUAUUUUUGAAGAAUCCAAACAUGGUCCAUGCCGGCGCUUGUACCUGAAUCAAGAAGAAGCAUGUCAGGCUUUGCCAAAUCUUGGGGAGAUGGAUAAGAUCGAAGGUCUCAUUAUCGACCUAACAAUGUCAACUAACAAAUACUGCAAUGCUGUUAUUAAAAUUAGUUGA